AUGGAUGGAGCACUAAAAACGAUUCAAAAUAUACAAAAGGAACUUAAUAUAUCAAAUGCAAAACCUAUUCUAGAACCAGCUACCGAUAAAGCCAAUGGGAAUGGAUACGAAAUAGAAGAGAAGCUGACAAAUAUUUCAUCUCAAGCUAAUGAAACUAUACAACAUAUUAAAGACCUUCAUUCAGCAUUUGAGCGAAUAAUGAACAGAGAGCAGACACACGUCACUCAGCCACAAGUCCUAGAAUAUAAAAAUCGCUUUUUAGAGUCACAGUUGAACUCAAUUUCAAUUCUUGUCACAGAAACAAAGAAUUUAAUCAAAGAAUUACAGAGCAGACCUAAUGUCAUAAAACAAACUGAAGAGGUACAAAGUGAACAAACAAAAAUAAUAACCGACACACUAACUCAACAAAUCAAUAAAAUGAUUAUCGAACUUAACGACAUAAAAGAACUGGAACUGAGUCAAAUAGCUUGCCAAGGAAAUCCUGGUAUCGGUGCCGAGCUCAUUAUGGUAGAAAUAAGGGAAAAGUUAAGCGAAAUCCUGAAUCAAUGCUGCGGGACAGCAACAUCGACAAACACACCCGCCACCAACAUUGCUGAGGGUAUUAUAAUCAAAAAAAACUGA